GCCCGCUCGCGGGCCAUGCUGGCCCUGGGGGUCACGCAGAUGGUGCUCGGAUGCCUCAUCGUGGCCGUCAGCUUCGCCGCCCUGGCGCUCACCACCUCGGCCCGCGUCCGCCACUCCUGCCCCUUCUGGGCCGGCUUCUCGGUGCUGUUGUCAGGAUUGAUCGGUGUUGUUUCAUGGAAGAGGCCCCUGUCCCUUGUGAUAACCUUUUUCAUGCUGCUCUCUGCAGUGUGUGUGAUGCUGAACUUGGCCGGGUCCAUUCUGUCCUGUCAGAACGCUCAGCUGGUGAAGUCCCUGGAAGGAUGUCAGCUGAUUAAAUUCGACAGUGAUGGUGUCUGUGUUUGCUGUGAAAUGCAGCACCAAACAUCAGGCUGCAGUAACCUGGGAGAAACACUGAAACUGAACCCUCUGCAGGAGUGCAAUGCAGUGAGGCUCACCCUAAAGGACCUGUUGUUCAGUGUGUGCGCUCUCAAUAUCAUCUCCACCAUUGUCUGUGCUUUGGCAACAGCAAUGUGUUGCAUGCAGAUGGUUUCCUCUGAUCUUCUGCAAAUGUUUCUGCCACAGAGGCCACAUUCUGCCAAUCCUGACUGCAUGACUCCACAUGGAACUGUCCUGCACCAAACCUUGGAUUUUGAUGAGUUCAUCCCACCAAUCCCCCCACCUCCCUACUACCCACCAGAAUACACCUGCAUGCCCGUGGGGGAGGCACAGAGAAAUCUCCAUUUGGACUUCCCUCAUUCCCCAUUUGGUGCUUUAUAUGAAGUAACCAUUAAUAGCCCAGGAAUGCUGUAUCCAAAUGAGCUGCCCCCUCCUUACGAGGCAGUGAUUGGAGAGAUGCCUGCCAGUCAGGUCACUGGUGCUGCUCAGCAAGCGUCUGAAUCGAGCCUGGGGGAGAGGAACACAACCCCGGACUUCAGCACACAAGUUUCUGUUGAGAGCACCUCUUUGAUGGUCUCUGAGGCUGUUGAUAUCCCAGACCAUAGCUACUCUGAAGAUUUUUGUUCGCUGGAAGUUCAAGGAUCUCUCCACUCUGCAGAUCUUUCUCCCUACUGCUUAACCCCCAAGGGGGCUGCAGACCAGAGCUGCAGUGCCCUGGAUUGCCACACUCACUGCAGGUUUCACAGAACUCUCUCAGAGGGCUUUCCUGAUGAGGGUGACAGUUCCCACAGCCAAGCCUCUGCAGACAGGUCUCAAGGACAGAAAAGGAGCUGUGCCCAUGGCAGGACCUUGGACUGUUCCUCAGGGAAUUACAGCCCCUCAGAAAGAGAACUGCAGAGUUCUGCUCAGGAGAGCAGUGCCACGCCGCCUUUGAAGCAAAAAUCUCCCUGCUGUGUGGACUUCAGCCAGCCUCCUGCCACUUUCCAGACCUCUCCCUGUUUUGGGCCUGCAAAUCCUUCACCAUGUGCAAGUGGCCAUGAGGCUGCUGUCCAGCAGCAGCACAUUGCAAAACACCCAGCCUCAAACAUCGUCCGAUCCAGCAGUGCCCCUGUGUCCUGCUCGUCUGCCACUGAAGGUGAUAAUUGUGCCUGGACUUCUGUGUGCAGGCAGUGCCGAGAUGCAGGAUUAUCUCCAGCUACAGGAGAAACAGAAGUGCGUCACGUAGUGAACAGCAUACGGUCAGUCAUUAAAUCUGAUGAGAGACACAUGGAAGAAGCCAUCUUCAGUGCCAAUAUCAUAGACCAGGUGAUGACGAGUUCCCAGCAGAACGUGAGCAGCUGCAGGAAGCGGCUGCAGGAGGAUCUGCACCUGCGGAGCUGCGGCGCUCUGAGCUCCGCCGCUGCCCUGGUGCGCCGGCCCCGCCUGAGGCGCGCCCUGGAGCGGGAGAGGCCGCACAGUUUAAUCGGAGUCUGCAGGGAGACCAUCCUUUGA